UCAAGCUGGGCACAGGCCUUCUGGAAAGUGGGCGGCAUUACCUCGCUGCCAGCCGUGCCUUCAUUGUUGGAAUUUGUGAUCUAGCUCGUUUGGGUCCACCAGAGCCCAUGAUGGCGGAGUGUCUGGACAAAUUCACUGUGAGCCUGAACCAUAAGCUGGAUAGCCACUCGGAACUUCUUGAUGCUACUCAACACACUCUGCAGCAGCAAAUCCAGACCCUGGUCAAGGAAGGCCUUCGGGACUUCCGAGAGGCUCGUCGGGAUUUCUGGCGGGGGGCUGAAAGCCUGGAGGCUGCCCUUACCCAUAAUGCAGAGGUCCCCAGGCGCCGUGCCCAGGAGGCAGAAGAGGCUGGAGCUGCCCUGAGGACUGCUCGAGCUGGGUACCGGGGACGGGCAUUGGAUUAUGCCCUUCAGAUCAAUGUGAUUGAAGACAAGAGGAAGUUUGACAUCAUGGAGUUUGUGCUGCGUUUGGUGGAAGCUCAGGCUACCUAUUUCCAGCAAGGCCAUGAGGAGUUGAGCCAGCUGGCCCAGUAUCGCAAGGAGUUAGGUGCCCAGUUGCACCAGCUGGUCUUGAACUCGGCACGAGAGAAAAGAGACAUGGAACAGAGACAUGUGUUGCUGAAACAGAAGGAGCUAGGUGGGGAAGAACCAGAGCCAAGUCUAAAGGAGGGGCCCAAUGGCCUAGUCAUGGAAGGACAUCUCUUCAAACGAGCAAGCAAUGCAUUUAAGACCUGGAGCAGACGCUGGUUCACCAUUCAGAACAACCAACUGGUUUACCAGAAGAAGUACAAGGACCCUGUGACUGUAGUGGUGGAUGAUCUUCGACUCUGUACAGUGAAACACUGCCCAGACUCAGAAAGGCGUUUCUGCUUUGAGGUAGUUUCUACCAGCAAGUCCUGCCUGCUCCAGGCUGACUCUGAGCGCCUUCUGCACCUGUGGAUCAAUGCUGUUCAGAGCAGCAUUGCCUCAGCCUUCAGCCAGGCCCGCCUUGAUGACAGCCCCAGAGGGCUAAGCCAGGGCUCAGGACCCCUGGCCCUUGGCUACGCUGCCACACUGGGCUGUGGUGGGACAGUCCGGGGAAGGGAGCCUGGGGGAGUUGGGCAUGUGGCAGCCCUGGUGCAGAGUGUGGACGGCAAUGCCCAGUGCUGUGACUGCAGGGAGCCAGCCCCAGAGUGGGCCAGCAUCAAUCUUGGAGUCACCCUCUGCAUUGAGUGCUCCGGAAUCCACAGGAGCCUUGGUGUUCACUUCUCCAAAGUCCGAUCUCUGACCCUUGACUCCUGGGAGCCAGAACUAGUCAAGCUUAUGUGUGAGUUGGGAAAUGUUGUCAUCAACCAGAUCUAUGAGGCCCGUGUGGUGGCCAUGGCAGUGAAGAAGCCAGGACCCACCUGCUCCCGGCAGGAGAAGGAGGCCUGGAUUCAUGCUAAAUAUGUAGAGAAGAAGUUUCUGACCAAGCUUCCUGAGAUCCGAGGGCGAAGGGGUGGCAGAGGACCCCCAAGAGGGCAUCCUCCUGUGCCCCGAAAGCCUGGUAUCAAGCCCCGGCCAGGGAAUGUAUCUAAGCCAGAGACUCCCUCUGAUGACCUGGGAAGUCUGCACCCUGGGGCCUUGCUGUUCCGAUCUGCUGGGCAUCCUUCAUCCCUUCCCACCAUGGCUGAUGCCCUUGCCCAUGGAGCUGAUGUCAACUGGGUCAAUGGGGGUCAGGAGAAUGCCACACCACUGAUCCGUGCCACGGCUGCUAAUUCUCUUCUGGCCUGUGAGUUUCUCCUCCAGAAUGGAGCAAAUGUGAACCAAGCAGACAGUGCCGGCCGUGGACCACUCCACCAUGCAACCAUUCUAGGCCACACUGGGCUUGCCUGCCUAUUCCUGAAACGGGGUGCCGAUUUGGGGGCUCAGGACUCUGAGGGCAGGGAUGCUCUCACCAUCGCCAUGGAAACAGCCAACGCUGACAUCGUCACUCUGCUACGAUUGGCAAAGAUGAGGGAGGCUGAGGCAGCUCAGGGCCAGGGAGGAGAUGAGACUUAUCUUGAUAUCUUCCGAGACUUCUCCCUCAUGGCUUCAGACGACCCAGAAAAGCUGAGCCGUCGGAGUCACGACCUCUACACGCUCUGAUCGCGAGCUUGUCCUCCCCCUCCCCCCCCCCGUCCCGCCCAGCCC